AAUAUGAUCCUAUUACUAUGUUGCAACAUAUUUCUGUUGAUUUCAAACAACCACAACAGAAUAGAGUUUUUGCUGAUUCCUCUCACCCUUAGUCUUCCAUAAAAUAUGGCAUAAAUUAGUACAUAUUGUUAAUUAAAACUAAAUACUCUUGAACAUUUCUCUCAACUCUAGACGCAGCCUUCCGUCCCAUUCCCUCCCCCCUUCCGCCUCUCCGCCGCUUCCUCUGGUACAGCCGUACCCCUCCCGCCUCGCGCCGAUCGCCUCUAUUCUCUUCACGCUGUCAACUUUGUUGAUGCGUCCUCUGGUACUGGUCGCUUCUUCGCUCUUCUCCGACGCUCUCUCUAGUCCUCGUCGCUGCGUCUGCUGGUCCAGUCCUUCAGCCAUCCACUGCUUCUCCUAGUCCUAAGUUACGCCGCUGCUGUCCUCGUCACUCUAGUCUACGUCCUCGGUCACCGCAGAGUCAACACAAGGCCUCAUUCCCUACUGGCCUAGCUCUUGUGUAACCAAUCUCAAUCAUGGCAGCAUUAGCACCCGCUGUUUCUCAGCUCUCAUACUUCUCUUCAUUCAACUGCAACUUACAUCUCUAUCGUCAAUCAUCUCUCCUUUCUACCCGCAUCAAGUUAUCAAUUGCUAGGAGUCUUGAAGGAGAUCGAGGAACAGAAAGUUCCCAUUCAGAGAUCAAAACUAGGCUUAGUUAUGCAGCUGAUGAAUCAAAACCAUACGUGGAAGGGCCAGCAAAACCUCAUGAUUUAGAAGAAAAAGGAAUUACUGAUCCAGGAAAGGCAUAUGGAGCAGCAAAGAUCCAUGACUUCUGUUUUGGGAUCCCUUAUGGUGGUCUUGUUCUAAGUGGUGGCCUUCUUGGGUUUGUAUUUUCUAGAAAUCCUACAACCCUAAGCACAGGUGUUUUGUUUGGCGGUGCUUUGCUAGCCCUUAGCGUCUUCAGCUUGAAGAUAUGGAGGCAAGGAAAGUCUAGUGUGCCAUUUGUGCUAGGGCAAGCUGUACUCUCGGCAGCCCUUUUGUGGAAGAACUUCCAGGCAUAUUCAUUGACAAAGAAGCUGAUUCCCACAGGGUUAAAUGCUGUCAUCAGUGCUGCAAUGUUGUGCUUCUAUUCGUAUGUGAUAAUCUCUGGAGGAAACCCGCCGCCAAAGAAGUUGCGUUCUUCAACUGUUACAUCAUGAUGAAAACUCAAAAAGGCCGGAUUACAAAUUUAAUGAUGGAAUAUUUUGAACUUGAGGAGAAUGAGGCUGCACCUGUUUACUUAGUUCAAAGCUGUAUGAGUUCACCCAAAGUUGGUUUUUUUUUUCCUAGUGAAGUUUGCUUUAGGGUGCAGUAUCUGUUUUUUGUUUUUCCUCCCUCGGGAAUGAUUUUGACAGCAAUAAUGUCACAGUUAGUGGUCUAUUGAGUCUGCUUGAAGUCAUGUUACAGUUACUUCUGAUUGGCACUCAAACAAUGGAAUAGAACUCCUGAAGUAUAUUAUGAAAGGAACUGGGACAAUAAAUGUAGGGAAUUUACAAUUCUCUUGACAUGUGCUUUCACAUUGAAAAUAUGUAGCUAAGGUAAUAGGCUUGCUUUUGUAAUUCAUUUGUUUUAAGUGCCUAUGAUUUGGGUGCACAUAUACUGAAUAUCUUAAUUAUCCUUUUAACUGUUUGGAUGUGUA